AACGCAGAUCUAAUUUGGCGGCAGGGGAUAUAGGACAGGAACAAGCUGCCUGGCCACGAGCUUACGAAACGAUCUGUAGACUCCACGAACUUCCAAAUCUUGCAACAUUGCCUGCACCAUCUUCGCCUGCUUGCCCAAGUGAUCUCUCGCACUACUUUGCUUGAAGAAGCGCCUGGAAAGUGUGAACCCAUCUGAAAUGACGACCACACUUUUUUCUGCAGCGGCAAACGUCCAGAAAGUAUAUCGGGACAGUUGAGCUUACAGUAGUCAGCAUGUCAGACAGUGAUAGAGAAGAAGCGGGACUCGAGGUCGCUGAAGUGGCGCCUGCGCCCGUUGUCAACAAAAACAAGCGCUACCGUAAGGAGAAGCCAUGGGAUACAGACGAUAUUGAUCACUGGAAGAUCGAAGAGUUCACGCCAGAGGACAACAAGGCUGGUCAUUUCACGGAGGAGUCGAGCUUCGCGACUCUCUUUCCAAAGUACAGAGAACAGUAUCUACGUGAAAUAUGGGGUGUGGUCGCUCGAACACUGUCAAAGUACAGCAUCACAGCUGUGCUGGAUUUGGUGGAAGGCAGCAUGACUGUCAAGACCACGCGCAAGACAUACGAUCCAGCGGCGAUCUUGAAUGCAAGAGAUCUCAUCAAACUUCUUGCGCGGUCUGUGCCCUUUCCACAAGCCGUCAAAGUCCUGGACGACGGCGUUGCAUGCGAUAUCAUCAAGAUUGGCACAUUUGUGCGCAACAAGGAUAGGUUCGUCAAAAGACGGCAGCGGCUGAUUGGGCCUGGUGGAUCGACGCUGAAAGCAUUGGAGCUCCUGACACAGUGCUAUGUCAUGGUGCAAGGCACAACAGUGAGUGCAAUGGGCAGCUAUAAGGGACUCAAGGACGUGCGACGUGUUGUCGAGGACUGCAUGCAGAACAUCCAUCCCAUCUAUCACAUCAAAGAGCUCAUGAUCAAGCGCGAACUUGCCAAGGACCCAAAACUCAAGGAGGAAAGCUGGGAUCGCUUCUUGCCGCAAUUCAAGAAGCGCAAUGUGCAGCGCAAACAACCCAAGAAGGUUUCAAAGAAGAAGGACUACACGCCCUUCCCACCUGCGCAAUUACCAUCCAAGAUUGAUUUGCAAAUUGAGUCUGGUGAAUACUUUUUGGCCAAGAAGGAUAAGGAACGGCAGGCGAGAGAGGUGUUGCAAGAACAGCAGGCAGAAGGCAGCAAGAAGCGUCUGGCGAAGCGAGCCGAGCAAUUUGUCAAGCCGGACGAGGAGGAGGUGCCGAAGCGUAAAAAGCGCAAAAGCGCAGCUGCAGAAUAGGUUUUCUAGAGCUUAUAGAAAAAUACAGCCAACUUGUGUCAAUUGAC